AUGCCUUCCUUCAACAACUUGGAGUAUCCUGUCGACAACUACGCGGCGGGAGUUACAGAGAAUAUAGGCGCCAUCUCGGUCGACGAGGCCUCCCAGAUCCCCCGCAGCACCACCCCCGAUAUCCCCGUCCCCUCUGAGCUCUCAUUCUCAUACACCCCCUUCAUAACCCAACUCCCAAAUAUCAACGGACCCAACGUCGUCCGCGGCGGCUACACCGAAAAGCUCGCCAACGCGUGCUCCAUCCCUCUGGGCGUCCCGCAGGAGGUCUUUGAGCAACGCUGCGCCGACAUAAUGGCCACGCUGGCCUCCAACACCGCCAACGUCCUCCCCCUUCCCUCUCCCAAGGUCAAACACAUCCCCGACCCGGGCGUCCCCUCCGAGGCCUACAAGAUCCGCCAGAAACCAGCCCGGAUCAGAAUCACCCCGCUGCUCCCCAAGCAAAAGGUCGAGCACUACAAGCCGGUCCAGGACCUGCCGGAGGGACCGGAGAAGGAGGCCGCGAAAGAGUACAACAACAAGGUCUCCAAGGCCCGGAGCGGGCGGGACAAGGCACGUAACAACGAAGCCGCAAACCGCACCCGGGACCGCAAGAAGAGAGCCAUGGUGUACCGCGCCGAAGCGCUUGCCAAGAAGCGCGCCGAGUCCAACUUCUGGAAGGCUCGCGCCAUCGGAUUGGGCGCCGGGGUCAACGACUGGGAGAACCUCGACGGGGUUGUCAAGAGGGAGAUGGUGGCCGAUCAGCGAUUCGACCCGUUUGACUUUGUCAAUGAUGAGCUCAUCGAGGCGGCCGAGGGCUUCCAGGAGGAGCAGCAGCAGCAGCAGCAGCAGGAGAUUGUGCAGGUUGGCAAGAAGGCCCAGAAGGGAAAGAAGAGAAAGGCUACUGAGAUGGAGUGA